AUGAGGAAGGACUUUGAACUUCGUCAGUAUGAAGAAACUCGUUGGGUAACAACUUCACUAAAACAGGACAUUUUUGGCAUGGGGAUGGUGACUAGUUUCAACCGUCUGUUUAGGUAUUUCAAUGGGAACAAUGCUAAAGGGCUGAAGAUGAGUAUGACAGUACCUGUGAUGGUAUACGUGCCAUUAAAACCACCCACUGAGAAUGCGACCAUGUCUUUCUUUGUGCCACAUGAAGUGAAGUAUCCUGCAAAACCUAGAGACCCUGAGGUUUACCUGGAGCCACUUCCUUCAGCUUCUGUAUAUGUCAAGACUUUUGGAGGAUAUGCCCUAAACACUAUGUAUGCUGAGCAAGCUAAAGCCCUAGCAGAGAACCUGAGGAUCCUUGGUCUGCAGUUUGAUGAUACAUACUUCAUAUAUGCUGGCUACGAAGCUCCUUUUCAAAUUUUUAACCGCCAUAAUGAAGUGUGGUACAUGGCAAAGUAAAGUCCUCUCACCCGUGGGGAUUUCAUCGUUCCUCUGCUCCUCAGCCCUAAAUGUGAUCCCUAUACCCCUAAAUGUGAUCCCUAUACCAUCUUAGAAGAUCUUACAAGACAUGGUGUUAAAUGGUACUCAAACACUAACUUGCAAAAAGUUUCUAACAAAUGCCUCUGGUAAAUCUUGAGCAUUGUCUUGUGUAUGUAGCAGGUUAUCAUGAAUAGUGCUGUUUUUGUAACUUUUUGUUGCAUUCAAAUAUA